CGUCGGGCCGAGCGUGGGGGGGAUGGAGGCUUCGUCGUCGUGCGCGCGCCAGACGCACCCACGCCCCACCUUUGCUUUCUCUUCGCCUGGGCGGUCCCGGUGAACCGAAGCCUUUCCUCGGCUUACCGUCCGAGGGGGUGGAGGUGGAAAGGGACGGCCGCUGGGCUUCUUGGAGAGUCUCAGGCGACCUUCUCGUGCGCCUUGGUGAGGGGUUGCCAAUGUUUUGUGGUCGCGCAUCCCACUCCUCUGCAGAAAUUCAACAGGUGAAGCCCUCCGCACGCAGGCGCAGUACGGAGCAGAAAUCCGUGGGGCAAACGCUCCACUCUUUGGAUUUUUAUGACAACGAUAUCCAGAGUUGCCGUGUUGCUACACUGGAGUUUCUUGACCUCUUGGGAUUUUCCCCUAUUAGGUAGCAAGAAGGAUGUUUGAAAAUAUCAAAUCUUGGGCUGAGUAUAUUGUGGAAUGGGCUGCAAAAGAUCCAUAUGGAUUCCUUACAACAGUGAUCCUUGCUCUAACACCUCUAUUCUUGGCAAGUGCGGUGCUAUCGUGGAAACUGGCAAAAAUGAUUGAAGCUAAGGAACGGGAACAAAAAAAGAAACAAAAACGCCAAGAAAACAUUACAAAAGCUAAACGAACAAAGAAGGACUAAGACUUCAAUUUCACUGGGCCGAAUUUUUCUGGCAAUGCACUGUUACUGUAUGUGUACCUUUUUUUGUUGUAUCCUUACAGAAACGAGAUAUGACACAUUUUUUUCCUGGAAUAAUGUAUCCUUAAUUUGUGCUAUGAAACUUCUGUAGUCAUGAACUUUAAUUGCUUUUUUAAGAACUCUCCUGAUUUUUUUUCUAACCUGGGGAUAUAAGCAAAAUGUAAGUUUAUAAUACAUGUAAUAACUAUAUAGAUAUGAAUUAUUAUUUUCAUUAAAAUCUGUCUUAUGAUUUUAUACCAUGGAAAAUAGUUGUUUAAUAAUUUGCAUAUAAUUUUGUUGUAUUGUAAAAUUUUCCUACAUUGUGAAGAAUCCCAAUUUCAUACUGAAAACUAGUAUUUUCACUAUUCCUUGGCAUCAUGGUUUGUAAGAACCAGAUUGUCUCAAUUAUACUAUCCAUGAUAACUUAAAUUAUCAUUGGAGAGAUUCUCCUUGUUAAAUGUAAAUGACAGCAAGCUUAUCUACAAAGUGCUUGGAAAAAAAGAACAUAAAAUAUGAUUAUUGGAAUAGUUUAUGCAUAAGCCAUAGCUGUUGAAUAAGUUUCUUAUUUGUGUUGUAGUAUAUUCUUGGUGGCAACACUCUGAGGACAAAGCAAUAGUGAAUGUUUCCAGCUGAAUGUAGGCAACCACUAAGUCUCAUAACAACCAGACUCAAUGGUUACAAAUGCUCUCACAUAUUUAUUAGUUCAGCUAAAGCAGACUGAAGGCAAAUUUUAGGGAAUCUUGGUCAGUUCAGGCCAAAUGACAAAUAUCUUUCUCCCUGUAGCAAGCGCCUUUGGCUGCUGUCACAAAGUUGCUAUAGAGGCUUCUCAUUCUAAAUUAUGGCUCCCUAUUAAGUCAAUACCUUGCCUCUGAAGGCAACAAUUCAUGUCUGGUGGGCAAAUAAUUAGCGCCCUGAAAUUCCUUUUAUAUACUUCUAAUCAAGCCUUCCUGUUUCAACUCUUCAAAAACCAAGGCUUCUUAGGAUCAUCUUUGAAAAUCUUGUAACAUUUUGAAGCCUAUUUCUUUACAUCCAGUUAACUUAUAACAUGAAAGAGGUAUCUUACCUAUAACAUUGGUUUGGUGAAAUUAUGACUACUAAAUCAACAUUGGUUUACUGAUCUAAAAAUAAAGUUAGGGAUUAUGUAUUAAGAUAGAAAGCUAAUAAUUCAUCUACUAGUGACUGCAUCUCCUGAUGCAAAAGACACCAAGCACAAAUAUGCAUUUUAAACAAAAUGUAUAGGACAUUUAAAUAUGCUCAUGACUGCACAUCAUUAUUGAUUUGUUAAGCUAUGAAACAUUAAAUUUCUACUUUAAAUAAACAAUGUUUAAAUUAGCUUUGUUAA